CACCUUUACACGCCGCCGCCGCGAACCGACAGUCGACUUGGGCGCAUCACGUCGUCACAGACGUCGCCGACCGGUGCCAGUGGUCGGACGUGACGGUUUUUGGCGCGCGCUCGUCCCGGCAUCACGGAGCCUUAGUGGACGAACGCCCGGCCAUGCGGCCACCUCCGGACCGGGGAUCCGGGCCACCACCCGGCCUGACAGUGAUAUCCACGAUCGUGGCCGUCCUCCUAACGGCCACACUUCUGACGGACGGCGCGCUAGCCGAGAAGAACAAAUUCUUUGAAAUGCAAACCAUAUGCAAAACCCAUUUUCUGCAACAAGUGUACAGAAAGAUCGAAGGCGCGGUAUUGGACUCACAAAACGAACGGAACUUGGACUGUGUGACCACUUUUCAAACACAUUCCAUCCUACAGAGGUUUAUGAUACAUUUUGAUCGUUUGCAAUUGGACUGCAACGAUCAUCUAUUCAUAUUUGAUGGCGCCCAUGCGGUCGGACAACAUAAGGCCGACAUCACGUGCAGCAGUACGAAACAGUCCGUCGGCGUGAUAUUUACGCGUACGAAUUUUGUCACGCUCAAGUACGUGACAGAUUCGUGGGGCACGCGUGUCAACGGUUUUAGAUUAAUUAUAACCGCCUUCAAAGAUCCUUUCCACAAUUGCAGGGAGUUCAAAUGUCAAACGAUGUCGCAAUGCAUCUCCAACGACCUGGUGUGCGACAACAUCAACCACUGUCCCGACGGUACGGACGAAGCGACGACGCCAACUUGUCAAGGUGCUUCGUCGUUAACGCUAUUGGGAAUUAACAUCACCAUACUCGUGGUCUCCUCACUCAUCGUAGUCUCCAUACUGGGCGUGUGUGUCAUCGUAUUGACCGUUUACUGCAUAUGUUACCGGACGUCGAACGGUUCGCUCCCGCCUUCCAGGCACAGCGGCACGUUACACGACACGUCAAAUAAUUUUCAAAUGAUUGGCGUAAACGGAAUUGGACGGUCGGGAAACUGGCAGCACCCUGCGGGCCAACAGCUAGGGUACAGCUCGGCACGGGUCCGUCUCUACUGCCAGGCAAAGUGAAAUAUACUGGCUCUGACAGGUAAAAAAAAAAAUUAAAU